AUGUGCCGAGACGGCCCGGGCUGCUCCCGCAAAGUCUGCUUCUUCGCACACACGAUAGAGGAGCUCCGCACCCCCAGCGGCACGCCGCCGCCGACGCAGCCGGCGCCCGCGAUGCACCCCGGCCUGCAGGCGCACCUCUCUCAGACAGGCCAGUACGCCAGCGGCGGCCUGCCGUACGCGUGCGCGCCGCUGUCCCAGGGCGGCAGCAGCAGCUGCUUCCCGCCGACCCCUCUCGACGGCGGCGCGCCGGGCGGGCUCGUGUUUGCGGCCGCCGAGGACUACCCUGAAGGCGGGCCGGUCGCGUACAUGCACGGCGGCGGCCUCGAUUUCCCAAACAGCGCCCUCCCACGGGGCUCCCCGCUCGAGGCCGCCGCGGCGGCCGGCUACCAGUACAUCCCAGCCGGCGGGGGCGGCGGCGGGGGCGGGUACAUCGCAGUGCCGGCGCUGGGCGGGGCCAUGGGGGUGGCCGGGUACCUCCAUGCGCCCGCCGCCGCCGUCUUGGCGGCCGGGGGGCAGGCGCAGUACCGGCAGCAGCAGCAGCAGGGCGGCAUCAUGCUAAUGGGCGGGCCGCGCGGCCACCCCUCGGUCAUGAUGGUUGCAGCACACCCGGACGCUCACCACCACCACCACCACCACCAAGCGGACGCUCCGGCGGGCGCCGGCCAGGCGCACGCGCACGCGCAGGCCCAGGCGGCGGCCGCCGCGCUCGCCGCGCAGCUUUCGCUGUCUGGCGGCGGGGGCGGGCCGGGGCAGCAGUCUGGGGCGCCGAUGAUGCGGCUGGUGCCGCUUGGCGCGGACGGCGCUCAGCAGGGCGGGGUCCCCGCGCACGGCGGCUGGGUGCUCGCGCCGCAGCAUGGCGCCCGAGGCGGGGGCCACUACGGCGUGGGCGGCGGCGGCCAGUUCUAG